AUGCAGACCAAACACUUCUUUGAAGAUCCAACACACCUAGUGAAUACUGCAUUGAAGGCACUGACGUUUACAAAUCCCUCCGUAGCCCUUGAUGAGGAGUACAAGAUUAUCUAUCGCCACACUUCCCAGGGUGCGUCUGUAGGGCGCAAUGUAUCCAUUGUUUCUGGAGGCGGAUCUGGGCAUGAGCCGGCUUUCGCUGGCUUUGUCGGUAGAGGCUUCUUAACGGCCUCGGUGGCGGGAACAAUAUUUGCUUCUCCGUCAGCUGAACAGGUCAGAAAAGCCAUCAUGGAAAAAGUAGAAACUUCGAAGGGAGUCUUGAUUGUCACGGUCAAUUAUACUGGUGAUGUUCUCAACUUUGGGGUAGCGGCGGAAAAAGCAAAAGCAGCAGGGAUACAGACUGAAUUCUUUUCGAUUGGCGACGAUGUUGGCGUUGGAAGGACGAAAGGAGGGAAAGUUGGUCGGAGAGGAAUUGGUGGCAGCAUCUUGCUGAUGAAGAUCAUUGGGGCCCUAGCUGAGACCGGUGCUUCCCUAAGCGAGGUGUAUGCGACCGCACAACUAGUUUCAGAAAAUCUUGUGAGCCUGGGGUCUUCUCUCGAACACGUGCAUGUUCCUGGAAGAGUUGUUCCGAAUCCAAGUUCAACAGACAUGGUCCCAAAUAAUGAGAUUGAAGUUGGAAUGGGAAUUCAUAAUGAGCCUGGUUCGCAUCGUAUCCAAGCCACGCUGGAAAUGUUAAUCCAGACUAUGUUGAAACAGCUGCUCGACCAAACUGACCAAGACCGUGCGUUUUUAAAAUGGGAACCUUCUGACAAAUUUGUCCUUUUUAUCAAUAAUCUUGGAGGUGUUAGUACUUUGGAGCUUUCUGGAAUCACGGCGGAAGUGAUGCUCCAAUUAGAGAAAGAGUAUAAAAUCAAGCCCAUCAGAUUGAUACAGGGCACAUUCUUGACCAGCCUUAACGGAAUGGGCUUCAGUAUUUCGUUAUUAAGAGUGUUUGAUACUGGUCUUGGCCCAGAGAAGUCUCUUCUGGACCUUCUAGAUGCUCCAGCAGAAGCCGUGGGAUGGGCUGCACCAAUCAAAAAAUCGACCUGGGAGGAUCCCCGUCUUUCUUUGUUGACAAAUAGAGCGUCUGCUUCUGUUUCAGAAGUAUCGUCUAAUCUGAUAUUGGACCGUGCCUUAUUCAAGACAGUCGUCACGUCAGGAGCCAACCGUCUUAUUUCUGCUGAAGGCAUGGUGACACAUUUUGACACGAUAGUAGGUGAUGGGGAUUGCGGUGUAGGUCUAAAGCGCGGCGCAGAAUCCGUUCUACACCUUCUGAACGAUCCCUCUAUCACGUUGAACGACGAUAUUCUCCGUACCCUAAAUAAAGUUAUUAGUGUUGUAGAGACCAAUAUGGACGGCACCAGCGGUGCUAUUUACGCCAUUUUUCUGAACGCCCUCGCUCACGGCCUCAAAGAACAAGAUUCGCCCACUGGGCCGGUACCAGUCAACCUGAAAACCUGGACUCACGCUCUGCAACACUCAUUAAAGGCAUUGGCUAAAUACACACCGGCGCGCCCUGGUGAUCGUACAUUGAUGGACGCACUCGUUCCAUUUAUCGACGAACUAGCCAAGUCAGGGGACACAAAAAAGGCAGCAUCUGCUGCGCGCAAAGGCGCCGAAUCGACAAAGGCAAUGAAAGCCAGUUUGGGUCGGACAGUGUAUAUAGGGAGCGAGGACCAGUGGGUCGGUAAGAUUCCUGACCCCGGAGCAUACGGAUUGAGUGAAUUUUUGAGUGGCCUGGCGGAUGGCAUGUAA